AGUCUGGUGCCGGCCGGCCGCGGGGAAGGAUCGGGUGGGUGUUAGCGACUCUCGUCCUGUACCCUCGCGGUCGCGUUUAUUUCCGUAAACUUUUAUUUUCUUUUUUUGAUACCCAUUCUUUCGCUCGGGUUCCUCCAUCGCUAUAGCGCUCCUAUCAGUACAAUUAUGUUUUGUUAUUGUAGCAUCUUGCAUUUCGCUACAGCAGAAAAAUUACACGCGUGACAUAUACCGUAGUUGAUUGAUGGAGGGCCUUUAAACGGCUCUGAUCUGGUGCCGCGUGACAAAACCGCUCCGUCUCUGCAUAAGUUAUCGAAGUGAACCGCAGUGUGAAGGACCCCGGCGAGCACUAGCUGUGCACCGUCGCGGACGUGCGGCAGUUUCUCGUUUAUUACUUCCGCCCACCGGCGCGUCGCGCUGCGAUGACGCCGCCCCCGCCACCCACGCCGCCGCACGCACACAGCCGGCCCAACAGCCGCGCGUCGGCGCGCGAGUCGUUGCUCUGAGGGCGUCGACGUCAUGGUCAUCAUGUCCUCGUGCGACGGCCGAGCGCACCUCCCGUUGCAGCAGCCGCCGGCCUCGGCGCCCAUGGCGGCGUCUACGGUCGCGUCGUCGUCGCCGCCGCCGCCCACUUCCGCCGCCACAGCCGCCUCCUCUUCGGGAGCGACGCCCAUCCGCGUGGGUUUCUACGACAUCGAACGCACCAUCGGCAAGGGCAACUUCGCCGUCGUCAAACUGGCCAGACAUCGCAUCACCAAGACGGAGGUGGCCAUCAAGAUCAUCGACAAGUCGCAGUUGGACGCGGCGAACCUGCGCAAGGUGUACCGCGAGGUGGACAUCAUGAAGACGCUCGACCACCCGCACAUCAUCAACCUCUACCAGGUGAUGGAGACGAAGAACAUGAUCUACAUCGUAUCGGAGUACGCCAGUCAGGGAGAGAUAUUUGACUACAUCGCGAGGUUCGGCCGGAUGUCGGAGUCGGCAGCGCGGCGCAAGUUCUGGCAGAUCCUGUCCGCCGUGGAGUACUGCCACAACAAGCGGGUGGUGCAUCGGGACCUCAAGGCGGAGAACCUGCUGCUGGACGCGAACAUGAACAUAAAGAUCGCGGACUUCGGCUUCAGCAACUACUUCACGCCGGGCGAGACGCUGAGUACGUGGUGCGGGUCCCCGCCCUACGCCGCGCCCGAGGUGUUCGAGGGCAAGCGCUACGUGGGGCCCGAGAUAGACAUCUGGAGCCUGGGUGUGGUGCUGUACGUGCUGGUGUGCGGCGCCCUGCCUUUCGACGGAUCGAGCCUGCAGUCGCUGAGGGACCGCGUGCUGUCCGGCAGGUUCCGCAUCCCUUACUUCAUGAGCUCCGACUGCGAGUCGCUGAUCCGCAAGAUGCUGGUGCUGGACCCGUGCCGGCGGUACACGGUGGAGCAGAUCAAGCGCCACCGCUGGAUGAGCGCCGAGGCGCCCCGGCUGCUUCCCAGCGGCGCGGGCGGCACCUCCUCCGAGCCCAACGAGCAGAUCCUGCGCCUCAUGCAGAGCCUCGGCAUCGAUGGCAACAAGACCCGAGAGUCGCUGCGCAGCGGCAGCUACGACCACCACGCGGCCAUUUACCUGCUGCUGCUGGAGCGCCUCCGGCAGCACCGAUCGUCGCUGCCGCCGCUGGCCGCGCAGCAGCCGGAGCCGGGAGCGCUGCCGCCCGUCACGGCCGCCCCCGCCGCCGCCAACGCGGGCGCCCCCGAGCGUCGCCGGCCGUCCGGCGUGGCGGAGCAGGCGGUGCGCAAGCUGGCGUCGGCCGCCGCCGCCGUGGGAGCUGGCGUGGACGCCGCGCGCCGCGCCAGCCUCGACCACCGGCACGACAUCCUGCACGACCUCGCCGCCGCCAGGCGCCUCCCGACGCGGCACCUGUCGAGCGUGUCGGCGGACGAGGGGGUGGAGGUGGAGGCGGAGGGCGGCUACGGCAGCGCGUCGUCCUCCAGCUGCAACAAGAGCCUCAGCCAGCACCUCAGCUGCGACUCGGGCUGCUCCGCCGUCUUCGAGGGCUCCGGGCUCGACCUCGCCUCCAGCCUGCCCUCGUGCAGCUACAGCCGCGACGGCUCCGCGCUCGAGGAGCCACUCGUUCCGAGGACACCGCGUGCCCACGGUCCGGUGCUGAGGCAGGCGUCGUACAAGAUGGCCGUCCAGCAGGCACCGUUGCUGCCCCCGCUGGAGCCGCCCCCACUGCCGCUGGCCGACGACUGGCGCUCACUGCCCGGCUCGCUAGCUGCUGCCUGCUCACUCGCAGACUCCCAGCCUCCCCCGCUGUCACUGAGUCCUGCACCUGGCUCCUACCUGCCGGGAGGCCUGCCUUGGCAACCACUGGGACCGUCGGUCUGUGACAGUCCCAUCCUCGAACUCACGGAGCACAUGGAAUCCGUCUGAAGGCAGUGAUGCAGAAUGUUCGAAGGCUACAUUUUACUUCAGCCCCCCUGUGGGCUUCUGCCAUUAUGGGCCCAGUAUUUGAUUGCUUGAGAAUGAUUUAUACUUUAAAAGAGAUUAAAUUUUAAGAGUAACGUGUACCUCUCAGCAGUCCUCGAACCUGAAUGUGAUGCUCAUUUCGUACUUCAUGUUGGCCUGUUAAACUUGAGCUCAAUCAGGAAUCCAAUUUUUUUCUUUGGAAAUGUGGUACACUACUUAUAAUCUACAUCGAGUCACAGGUACUGACAGACCAAAAUUCGGCCCGUAGGCAUGUAACAUAUUUUGGUCUCAUAUAAUUUUAAAAAUUUACAGUUUUGCAAAGUUAUGUGAUGGGUGACCUUUUCUUUUGUGUAAAACUGGCACAUAUAAAUUGUGAUCACUACCUUUUUAGUUUUAAAUAAUCCAAAAUAUUCCACAGAAAUUUAGAAGAGACAAAAAAUGUUUGUACACAAAUCAUACAGCUACUGGCUAAAAUUUUGUACCAUUCUUGGGUUGUGGGAAAGGUAAUGAUUAAAGGCCUCAAAAUUAUGAGGAUUGAUGGAUGUGAGUGAACUGCAAAUGUGUGCUUUUUUUGUCCAGAGGCAUGUAGGGUUGUGUUGGAGAUAAACUUGACUUGAUUGGAGAAGUUGAUUACAAUAGGAGAAUGCCAUUUUAUGUGAGAUGGUGUGAAAAAUUUAUAGGGCUUCAUGAUUGCUCAACAUAAAGUAGGAGAAGAAGUGGUACUUGUGAAAUGUGUAACUGCAACUAUUGUAGUGAGCAGAACUUGAAUACUAGUCAUAUGUGUGUCAUUGUUGGUGUUGUUGUUAGUGAAAGUAGAGGCAAUGGCUCCAGAUUUCUGUGGCACUUGUGCUCCAAGAGAAGACUGUUUCAUGAUUCAUGUGAAAGAAUGUACUUAAUUUCGUGGUGCAUAUUUCAGUUUAAUGUUUUUAAGUAUUCAAAUUGCAAUCAGUUUACAUUUCAUCAUUUGUAGUUAGGCUCUUUUUUUAUUCUUCAAAGAAAAAGGAACAUGAAAUGGCAACAAAGCCACACAAAAUGUACGGCCUCCAAAGUUAAUCACCAAUGUGAAUUGCCUAGGUUGAGAGUUCCUAAGUUGUGAUAAUGCCUCUAGAAUUCUAGUCUGUAACAUAACAUUACUAUGAUAUCUGGAGUGAUGAUUUUUCAUUAUUUUGACUGUAAUUUGUUCAUAUAUGCAUGUGUGCUCUGAUGAAACAAGUGUAAAUAUUGCUGCAAAAAUCUGAAGGAAUUGUUGUUUUGUGCUAUCAUAACUGUGCAUGGUCUGUGUUAAAGCAGGACAUUUACAAACUGUAAAUAAAAAAUUCAGUUUCAUCAGCUUGAUCAUCUUCAGGCAACACUUGUGGAACAUUACAAACAUUUUUCACAAUUGAAGGCAAUGUUGUUGCAUCAAAUUUGUAUGAAGUAAUCCAUACUGUCUUUCCUAGCCUGCGGACAUUGCAAAAGUGUUUUUAAAUUUGUAUAGCAAGUGGCCAGUGGCAGCUUUCUGGUGCUGGCACCUCUGCACACUGGCUUUGUAGUGCUUCCACAUUUUGGAUAUUAAAAAAUAGUGGUGCAGAGAUGAAAUGUAAGUUUCUCUCUUUUACGAAGUGUAUCUGUGGUAAAGUGUGAAUGAGAGAUAUUUUUAAAAAACAGUUUUUGCCAUUUUACACACUUUUCUUUAUGGCCAAUUAUGAGUAAAAUACAACAAGUUUGAGAAUUUAUUUCAAAACUUUUACUGAACUGAUCAAUUUAUUUACAGCCCUGAGGUGAGAUCAAAUUCCUUCAUUGCUCUAAUAUGUCAACUACAUACCUUUCAUCCAUUUUUGAGAGAGCAUGAGACUCAACCAUCACAGUCUGGAUGAUGUCCUUUAAUCGUUCUAUAUAGCUAGUAGGCAUAGUGUAUAAUAAAAACCCAGAAUUGAUUACAACCAAAGUUAGAAAUGUUAAAAGUGUAAUAUUCUGUUAUGAAGGUCCUGCUGCUUCACACAAAUAGCCUACACAGUUGACCCAACUCUAAAUUCUGUCUGAAAUGUAAUAUAUUUGUCUCAGAGAGAACAGUUGUCAAACUUUGAUUUGUUAUGCAAGAGGACAAAUUUAUAACAAAAUGGAUUUGACUUUCCUUUAAAAAAUUAAAUAUUUUGAAUAAUUUUAUAUGCGUUACUGUAACCAAAUGAUUGCGUGUCAUUUAUAGUUAUAAUAAUUUAUUACACAGGACACAAGUCAAAUUUAUAUUGAGACAUAAUUACUUUUUAAACAAAGAACAGAAUGAAAAUAUUCCACCCGAGAUUUUCCAUUGUUGAAAUAGAAUUAAACAUCUUACAUUAUUAUAAGUAUCAAUGCAGCAUCAUUUAUAUUUAUAACAGUCCACAAUUAAAUGUAAAAUUUUCUUGUUCAAACUAAAAUUCUAUUCUCUGUCAAUGCUGGUACAGUAGCACUUCUCCAUCAAAAGGUUGCAGAGCAAUCUCGUUUUAGAGAACGAAGCUGGCUGUUAAAUAUCCUUGAGCAUUUUAGUUUAUUACAAAUUUUUACCCUCAUACAGAGUACUGUCUCAACAUGAAGUUUAAAACAGGUUGUUGAAAGUCUGAAAUGUUCUCUUCCUUGACCGCUGUUUUUAUUUUUAUAUUGGAUAAGUUGGUUAUUUAUGAUCAUUUAGUGCUGAACUGCAACAUCUGUGGCAUUGUGGUACACAUCCUACACCAUUUUGAUGGAACCAGCAAUUAUAGUUAUCAAAAGUAUUUUGCAUACACUAUCUAGCAUUUUGUUCUGUUUACUGAUAGGUAUCAUUACAUUUACGUGAUCUUCAGGAAAGUGUUUCAUUUUAAAUAUUGUCAUGUUCCACCAAGCACCAAUGGAGAAUUAACUUGAUGUUAUCGUGGACAUCACAAUUCAUUUUAUCAAUAAUCAGCUUCAUUUUUAUAGAUUCCCUGAAAACAGAAUCUCGAAACACUGUGGUGACCAGGACAUUGUUGUAGUCAAAGGAAGACUGUUAGUGUUGAACUGUUCAGCAACAGCAUAUCUGUUAAGUCUUAAAAGGCAAAACGUUCCUUCAUUGACAUAAAGAAGGUAAUCCUUCUGUUAACUGCUUUUAUUUCACUGGCAGUUUCUGGUUCAAUAAAUUGUGACACCUGUCCUUCUCACUUAUCUGGUGCCAAAGGACUAUUUGUAUCAAAGAGUUGUGACUUUCAUAACAGAAUGUAGCACAUUUGACAUUUGUGUCUUUUACCUGCUCAGGCUUUUUAAUGUUAGUAACACUUUCUUGCUAACUGAGGAUAUAGAAUGCCAGUGUCUGGAAUAAAAAGACAAUGUCUGAGUUGCUCAUAUGAUAACUGCAAAAACUGUACAAAAGUCAACUACAUUUAUUUAUUUAAUUUUUUUUUUUUUUGCAUGGAGUCAUCAAUAUGAUGGAUUUUGCAAUUGUCAAGUACAGUUACAAACAUACAAUACAUUUAGGUCUUAGCCUUAAUUCUGAACCUAAAUGUCUUUCAUUAUAGAGAGUGGUUAGAAACCAUGUGAAGAGCUUGUAAGGGUGGUGCAAGAUUAAUUGUUAAGAAAAAAAUUCAAUAUGUUGCAGGAUUUCCAACUUAUUUAGCAUUGAAGUUAGCCAAUCAGGCCAUUGUUCACACAAGUUUGAGCAGCCCACCAGAGAUGGUGUUGCCAAACAUAUUCUUUAUUUGGUUUCUUAAAACUGAGUAAUAGAACUGUUAAAAAAUUGGACUUGGGAUGGUAGUAAAGAUUGAAGGCUGAGCAGUCUUGUGCACUGUAAUCUGCACUAUGAGAGCAGCUGACACUGCUUGUAUCCAGUGGGUGACUUAAAUUAACGUGUGCAAUGGUCUUCUCGGGGUAGCUUCAAUGCUAAUUGGCUCAGAAAUAGCUCAAUGUAUUUAACUUCUUUCCAACAAAUAUUUCUGUGCACAACUGACCCUGCAACAUCCUACAUGUAUAGUAUACCAGGACAAUCUGACAGUUCUUUUUCCGACAUACUGGUCCAAUGCCAUGCCAUUUUUUGUAUAAUGUUAUAUUCUGGCUUGUGCACAGCCAUCUUUAAGAUUUUUCUUUUCUGACUGUCUUCAAAAUGGUAAUGUAGGGCUGUAAUGUGUCACAUAAAUUGUUCAUAAGUAUUAACAUAAUGCCUGCUAAUGAUCAUUUAUUGUGCUUAUACAGUACAUUCUUUGUCCUCAAAGGUUGCAAUUUUAGAAUUCAUUAUGGUUAGUUUGAUUUCUGGAUUUAUCUGAAGGUAAAUAUAAUUGUUCAGAGCCAAAAUUGGCCAAAGAGAAAUAUAAAGCAGCAGUCUAAAUCGACAAUAUAUUUAUUAUAGCCAUUGUUCCAUUUAAGCUGUUCAGAUAUGUACAGAGUGCUCAGAGUGUGAGCUCAUCAGUUACUUAUGACAGGCAAAUCAGUGGAAAGGCAUCACGGUAAAAUUUGCAAUUAUUAUGAAAUCAGGCCACCAUAAACUUCGGGAAUGCAGUGGUGAAGGCACAGAAGCAUAUGUUAAGACUGGAGAUAUCAAACAAAUCAGAGGCUUAUUACACUAGACUACUGCUUGGAUAGCUCACUCAGUAAAGCACACACCUCUGAAAAGCAAAGAUCCCAGGUUCAAGUCCCAGUCUGGCACACAGUUUUAAUAUACUAGGAAGUUUAAAAUCUGUCCACACUGCACUGCACAGUGAAAAAUCACUAUCGAAGCAGAUAAAUUAUUGAACUUGGUUCUUCAGACCUGUUACAUGUAAAAUUAUCAGUGAUGCACAGUAAAUUUGAAAUUGCUGGAUGUAUUGGAAUUAAUCAUGAACUUGUUUUUGUAGUCCAUCAAGUAUCAAGAUGGCAUCUGUGAAUAGCAGUCUUGCUUUCAUGGGAAGUACACAGAUACAUGAAAAUGAAUGAAAAUAAUUUUAAAAAAUUACAAAAUAUAAAGAUUUUAAGCAAAAGUAAGAAUCUGGGAAUCAUUCUUGACACCUUUGCAACACUGUCAACUGCUUUUAACAAAUAAAUGAGAGUCUAAAAACUGGUAGUCAUUCAUAACCACUUACAAUCAAGUAAAUAGUUGAAUACAGUAUACAUGUAAAGCACAUAUUGCACCUCAUAGCAGCACUUACCAACAUGCAAAUGGUGGCACUGUGUUGAUGAAAAUAAAUAUUUUGAGGAAAACAGUGGGCUUAGAGUGUGAUACAUCAGAAGUUUUUUACUGAAUGUGUGUAAAAGUUGGAGAAUAGAGAAACAGUGCUUAUCAUCCAAAAUGUGUAAAUAAUGUCAACUUAAGUGAGAUUGAUUGAAAAGGAUUCUAUGAAUAACCCAAUCACAGUCAAAGAGAGAAUCAUACAAUUUACCUCAUAUAGUGAACUCACAUACAAAAAGUGACAAAAUCAUGGGUUCUGACAGCAAAAGUUCUACAAGAAAGAGAAAUAUUUGGGACAGAAUAGGAGAGUCUCAGAGGAUUCAAAGUCAUUAGAUAUCAUCAAGCAAAAUGUGGGAGGAGUCCACAAGAGUGGAUGUCAUAUUGGGAUAGAGAGAGAGAGAGAGAGAGAGAGAGAGAGAGAGAGAGAUCAAUUGACAAAAUAGUUUGAAAGUAUAAGUGAAUCUGAGAUAGAGAUGAGCAGCUAUAGGAAAAAGUGAAAGUAGAAUUGAAUACCUGAGGGAAAAAAAUGAUAGACAGAUAGUGAAACUGAUCACAAGAAGCCGCUUAUCUUUCUGUAAUACAUGUAUCUAAUUCCAGCAUGUCCUUUAUUAAUUUAUGACUUGUCAUUUCUCCUCAGUGCUUUUAUUAAAUUGCCAGGCUGUAAUGUAAUAGUUUAUCUUUGGCACAAUGUGUUGUACAUCCAUCUGUUUUGCUAAUCUUGCAAUUGAGAAAAGAAUGGAGUAAUAGUAAUAUACAACAUGUCCACAGCGUAUUGAUCAGUGGUAAAAUAUAAGCUUUGUUAGUGGUUAUAGCAAAAUGAGUAGUCAAAAAUAGAUUACGAGCUCACACUACGUAUGCACUGUACAAAUAUAAAUUAUUUCAAGUAAUAAUUCAGUGGACUCACCUCCAUACCACAACUUUUGGGAGAUGUGUUUACACUUGUGCAUUAUGUAGAGAUUUGUUCUGUGGAAGAGAUGGGUUUCACCGUAGAAAAGAUGAAUAAAUACUCAUACCUCUUACAGUAUGUACUUUAGAGCCCAUGUCAACUGUACAUCUUUUUCUCAUUUUGGUCCCUACUACAACCUCAUAAAAUAUGGAAAGCAAAGAUCUUGCCACAGAAUAGCUCCACUGUCAGAGGUAUCAGAACAAUUUUUGACUUUUUUGUUUCUGGGCAAGGGUACCUUCCUCAUAUUGAUACAUCUACCCCUCCCCAUCAUUUUGAAUGUAUGUAAUAUGGUCAUGGAAUCACCCUGUAUAUAUUGUGCACAGAAGGUACAUACACAUACAUACUACUUCUCAAUAGACUUGCUGCCAGCAUUGGGCUAUUUUUCAUAAUAUAGCAUCAUACCCUAUAGUGUCAAUAGAAAUUUAUCCAGGACGAUGGGGAGACAAACUCUAAAGUUCCAAUUUUUGAUGUAAAUGAGUUGACCAGUUUCGAGAUGUGUUAUGUCAAAAGAACUAAAUUUUAGAGGUGACACAAAAAAAUAUAUAUAUAUAUAUAUAUCCCAGAGAAAUGAUGGCUAGCUACUGAAUACUUGACACAGAUUAGUUUCAUACUUAAAAGGGAAGUUUUUCCCACAAUUAUCUUCAAAGUAUAACAUUCUGUGUUAUUAAAAUGAUUAUGGACAUGAUCUGAAAUUACAUCCUUAUAUGAUAAAAUCUAACAUGUAUCUAAGAAAAUGAUCAAUGAGUUAGGAAAUAGAGAUGUAAACCCUGUACUCCAGAUUGCAGGAGCGUGGCCAAGAAUUAACCUAUUUUAUGCUUACAGUAGCACUACUGAUUUCAAUGUGGUUAAAUUUUGGAUCACUUUAUUUACUUCAUUGUAUUGGUAGAGUUGGAUUGCCACAAGGAAAUAUGAAGAUGAAAUUGUAUGAUUCUGAAAAUAAUCAAUGUGGAUUAAAUACUAUCAAUAAAAUAGCUGAAGUCAUUAUCCAUUAGCAGUACAUUAAUGUCAAAAAGUAGGUUCACUGAUCUUUCACAGUGCUAAAGCACUAAAAUUGAUACAUUUCAUAGGAUCAAGUAUUUAUCGUCAGGAUUAUUCUACAAGAAUCUUAUAAAAGUGAGAGAGAUAAAAAUAUAAAUGAAAGUAUUAAAACACAAAGGAAUUAAUGACAUUAUCUGUGAGCGGGUAUUGAUUUGUACUGGACCGGGAUUCAAACCCAGGUCUCCUGCUUACUAGGCAGACGCACUGACCGCUGCUCUUCUGGGCACAGUGGUCAUCGCAACUGCCUGGCAUGCCUCUCAUUAGAUACAAAUUCUCAACUUAUCCACACACCACAGAUAUAGUGCCCCUCUUCCAUCAUCCUUAUUACUUGCGGCAUUUCACUGAUUCCUGUAAGAGUUCGAGCAUGGUGUGCACCCACACUGAAGUGAUCAUUGCCUUAAGUGGUGUCUGUUCUUUUGAGAAUGCCUGGAAGAUUAGACACCACACAUGUAUAAAAAUAUUAAAAUUUUGUUGUCACUUCUCUUGUAGUCUCGUCUUCAUAAUAUGUGUUUCAGAAUCAUCCAUCUAAUUGGGAAAAUAAACUAAAAUGAAUUGGUACAUUGAGUCUGUGAAUAUAGGCAGUGUUACAGCAACAGCUGUUUGCAUGUGUAGUCCAUAAACCUCUGGGAAAGACACACCUGGAUAUAAACAUAUAUGCAGCAUAACUGAGUGCAUGGUCAAGAAAUCGGACACUCUCACUAAUGAUCAAGGAUAAUACACACCCCUGCAGAGAUGCCCACAAAUUCAAAUCUCAUCAUGUUGAAAUUCAGCGGUUUUAGUGGUUUUGCUAGGUCAAAAAUUGUUGAGCAUGUACUUUAACAGUCUACAUCUACAUGAUUACUGUGCUAUACAUAAUAAAGUGCCUGGCAGAGGGUUCAAUGAAACACCUUCAAGCUGUCUCUCUACUGUUCCACUCUCAAACAGUGCACGGGAAAAAUGAGCACUUAAUUUUUUCUGUGUGAGCCCUGAUUUCUCUUAUUUUAUCAUGAUGAUCAAUUCUCCCUAUGUAGGUGAGUGCCAACAGAAUGUUUUCGCCAUCAGAGGAGAUAACUGGUGAUUGAAAUUUCAUGAGAAGAUCUCGUCGCAACAAAAAACACCUUUGUUUUAAUGAUUGCCACUUCAAUUCAUGUAUCAUGUCUGUGGCACUAUCUCCCCUAGUUUGUGAUAAUACAAAAUGAGCUGCCCUUCUUUGUACUUUUUUAUGAUUUUAGUAACGACUGCUUGUCCGUCAUGGAUAAAUCAAGCAGCAUAUUAAAAUAUGAGAACAGUCUGGUGGUAGCUUUAAGGUUGUGGAGGUCUCAGGCACCUACUUUUUCAUGACACUGGUAACUGUUUCUUCAGUGGUACAUCCGAAUAAAAUUAUCUCAGUAUUUGUGGUGCAUCAUUUUGAAUAAAAUUCUCAAGCUUCUGAAACCUGUCCCUGCCAUCUUGUUCAGAGUAAAAGGUACAGACCACAAGGUUUGGCAUUGCACUCUGUCUUUGAAAGCAAGUCAUCAGAUUUAGAACUGCUACUUCCCAUUUGAGUAGCCAGUCCUCUGACAGAUGAAGAAUACUCCCACUACCAGGAACUGAACCUGGGUCCUCUGUAUGGCAGACAACUAUAGUGAUUACUUAGCUACAGAGGCAGACAUGGAAGUCAGAUUGGCUGCUAAAAUGUUGGAAUAGCAGACUGCAGCUUUGCAGCAAAUUCUAUAAGAAUACAACAAAUAAAGACAGCAACCUGCAUGGAAUGGUCCAGUCUGCGUGGUUGUGCUGUUUGGAUGUGAGAACAGGUGCUGUCGCUGUUGUUUGGAAAGCAGGUGCUCUCUGCUAUUCUAUACUCUAUAACACUCCCCUCACAUAAUGGCUGGAUUGUUUUCCUCAUUCAGUGUUUAUGGUUUGAUCUCCUGUAGUUGAAGAAUGACAGUAUAUUUUAUGCACUUGUAUGAGAGAGUAUGAAUGAUUAGAAUAGCAAUGAAUGCUGUAUGAAUAUGUACAUACAUCACUGUGUGUGUGUGUGUGUGUGUGUGUGUGUGUGUGUGUGUGUGUGUGUUUAUGUGUGUGUUUAUGUGUAAAAUUUUCAAUAUUAGCAAUAACUAUUUUUAAAUGUACAGAUAGCGUACUACAUUACUGCUUCAGUAAAUGAAUGUCAGGAUAUUCCAGUCAAUAACACUGUAAUGCAUCACUAUUCCAUAUUUUAAUGAUGUAUUUUCAAAAGUGCAGUUUUUUGCAUACAAGAAAAUCUUUUCCAAGCUGAGGAACAACGUACGUGCUCUGCUGGUCGGAGCACGAUUGUGCACUGUUUUGUUACUAAAGCAGUUUUUUUUAUUAUUUAUAUAUGCUAUACAUAAAGGUACAUGGGUGUGUGCUGUCUGCAGGAACUGGAAUUGUAAGGAAUAUCCUCAUGUUGUAGUGACUGUAUCAAGAAUCAUACUGGGAGCUGCUGUGGACCAAACUGCAGAAGAAUAUAGCAAUGCUUGCCAUCUUGUACAGGAGAAAGAAAAUAAUUCUCAAGUGUCUUCCAAACAUCAACAUAAUAAACAAGAAAAUAGGAUGAAUUUCACAGCUGUCCAACAUAUGAACUCAAGCAACUGCACUCACAUACACAUCUGCGAGGAUCAUUAAGCAGUGCACUAUAUGUCAUGUCAGGUAUAUGAAAGGAUGAUAUCUUGCAACUUUUUCUCAAAAAUGCUUGCUUGAAAUAUCUGAAUGAUGAGCACUAAUUUAAAUUCUCUUAUUUAAUAAUAUGUUACUAAAACCAGAAAUGUAUAAAACAAGAAUAGAAAUCCAUUACUACUUCACUUACAGCUGUGCUCCAUCAAUAUCAAGUGUAAAGUUCGUUUUCCAGUCCAACACCAGUGUGUAAAAUUGCUUACUGGACACAUCAGUGCUAUUUUCUUAUAUUUGUUUUAUUCUCCUCCAUCGAAGACACUCAUUUUAGAGUAGCUUGUAGGGACAUUAAUCCUCUUAAUAUGUUUAAAAACUGUGUGGGUAUGAAUGAGUAUUUAGUAUGCCCACUGUGAAAGAGUGAGAAGCAUGUAGUAUUUUGAACAUGGGGGUAAAUCAUUUUUCCAUGUAAAAGAAAAGAGAAAUGGUAUUUAACAUGCCAUGUUACAGGUGUUUGGCUCUUGCAGUAGUCUUCUGCAGUUUGGACCUCUUUGAGUUUUGUUGGGAUAAGCUAUGUGUAUUGUGCAGUUUAUUGUAACUAUUGUUAUUCAUAGCUAAACUAUUUUGUAGUUUGAAAGUGAAAAAUCACUGCUGGUAGUUUUUAACUUGUCUUUAGCAGCAAAAUGCUUGCAUGGGCAAGAUUUGUAAUUGUGUAUAUCUUUGAUCAGCAACUGUUUCACUGUUGUGAGUCCUCAGUUUUAAAUCAGCAAAAUGCAAAAUGAGUUUGUAAAUUGUAUAUAAUUUCUAUAAAAACAAUUUCUGUAACUCUCCAAUUUGAUAAGUUUUUUCUGUCACUGACUAGGCAAAGAUUUGGGGAAAAAAGCAAAAUUUCUGUUGCUGAUCUCAGAAUUUAUGGUAGUAGAUGGCAUAAUAUGUUUAUGCAGUAGGUAUGUAGUACUUGUCAAUAAAUGAGGUACAAAUCUCUUUUUUUGUAGGUGAAUGGCGAGAGAACUUUCAUAUGUGCAAUUUUCCUAGCCAUGUUUUGUAAGUUUGUAAGUUCUUGUAUGUGUUUGGAAUUGGACACUUUCUAAGGACUGUUUUUGAGAAUAUUUACAGUCUAAUAAUUUGUAAUAAUUUCACUGACAAAUGUGAUUUUAUUCACUGUUCCGUAACAUCUAAGGAGCCUUAUUGUAUGAAAUUGAAUAAAUUGUGCACAAGCUCA